AUGUCUUUAUCAGGCUCUAGCGCCAUCCUCCUUAUCAGCCAGGGGUCGGCUGAUUCGUACACCAGUAGACCGUCGGAUUCAGACCUGUCAGCAGAGGAGGACCGCGAGGCGUAUCGGCGUGAAGCCGAACGCCAGGCACAGCUGCAGCUCGACAGAGCUAAGUCCAAACCUGUAGCGUUUGCAGUAAAGACGAAUGUGAGUUACUGUGGAGCUCUCGAUGAGGACUGUCCGGUUCAAGGAGCUGCAGUCAACUUUGAUGCCAAAGACUUUCUGCACAUCAAAGAAAAGUACAAUAAUGACUGGUGGAUCGGACGGCUAGUAAAAGAGGGUGCGGACAUCACCUUCAUCCCCAGCCCUCUACGACUGGAGGCGAUGAGACUCAAACAGGAGCAGAAACAGAGGAAAACAGGGGGUAACUCCUCUAGUCUGGGCGACAUGGUGACUGGAAGCUGGAGGACUACACCGCCAUCUGCAGCUAAACAGAAGCAAAAACAGGAACACGUCCCCCCCUACGACGUGGUGCCCUCUAUGAGGCCGGUGGUCCUCGUGGGACCAUCGCUGAAGGGCUAUGAGGUGACGGAUAUGAUGCAGAAAGCUCUUUUUGACUUCUUGAAACAUAGAUUUGAGGGAAGAAUCUCGAUCACCCGUGUAACUGCAGACCUGUCCUUAGCCAAAAGAUCUGUCCUCAACAAAAGACCCAUAAUGGAAAGAUCCAACACUCGUUCCAGUCUAGCGGAGGUUCAGAGUGAGAUUGAGAGGAUAUUUGAGCUCGCCAAAACCCUGCAGCUUGUGGUUCUGGACGCAGACACCAUCAACCAUCCCGCACAGCUAGCCAAAACCUCCCUUGCUCCCAUCAUUGUCUAUGUGAAAGUUUCUUCGCCAAAGGUGCUCCAGAGGCUCGUCAAAUCCAGGGGGAAGUCUCAGAGCAAGCACCUGAAUGUGCAGAUGAUGGCUGCAGACAAACUCUCUCAGUGCCCCCCUGAUAUGUUUGAUGUCAUUUUGGAUGAGAACCAGCUUGAAGAUGCUUGUGAGCAUUUGUCUGAAUACCUUGACGUUUACUGGCGUGCCACUCAUCUCCCAGGCACCACCCCUCUUAAUCCCUUACUGGAGCAAAGUCUGAUGACUCCGCCUUCUGCCAUCUCUAGCCUACAGGAGGAGGAGGAGGUGGGCGAGGAGGCUCACUCCCCCUUGGAGCAGGACAGUCUGAUGCCGUCUGACGAGGCCAGCGACUCCCUGUCUCGCGGCCGGAGGGGGAAGGAGGAGGAGGAGGAUGAGUAUGCCUCUCCGUGCCACGCUCGCACAUACAGGGACAUGUACCCCCCUCACCGUGGGCACACAGGCAGUGCCCACAGUGCCAACGGGCACGAGUCACAGGACAGGCUGCUCCAACGUGAAGCUCAGCAAGGUCAUAACCAGAGGAACAACCGCCAGCGCAGCCGCCCCUGGCCCCGAGACACCUACUGA